AUGGCGUCGCCUCAUUCUGAAACCGGGAUGGAUUCCUCUGCGCCAAUACGCGAUUCACCUCGCGGCCCGUUGGACUAUGUCCGCGAUGUGGCACGACCAAGCGAGGAAGCAGCCGAAACCGAGGAGUCUGAUGAAAAACCUCAUGUCAGCAAAUUCGAGAGAGAAGAGGCUGACUUGAUGGCUCGCCCCAAUAAUGGGCCUGGGGUCACAGAUGAUGAAAUCAGGCGCACGGAAUCGCGGAAUAGUGUGGCCAGCAGGAGAAGCAAAGUAUCCCAAACUAUUAGUAAAGUACUCAGCAAACCCAGUAAGGAGAGUAAGAAGGACCACCUGCAGCCUACCAUACUGCCCUUGUCUGAACUUGAAAAGGGCAUCGUGGGUUGGGACAGCCAGCAUGACCCUACCAUGCCGCUCAACUUCUCUAGAAGGAGGAAAAUGACAGCCGUAGUGCUGCUGGCGCUUAUAACACUCAUGGCGCCGUUAUCGUCCUCGAUCCUAAGCCCCGCAAUCAAGUACUAUACGGCCGAGUUUGGCGAGACAAACGCAACGGUGGCUGCGAUGCCAGUCAGUAUAUUCUUGCUGGGCUUCGCUGUUGGCCCGCUGUUCCUCGCGCCCAUGUCGGAGAUAUUUGGACGCAAAAUUGUGCUCAUAUUGGCCAACUCCUUCUUUUGCUGCAUGGAGAUUGGUUGUGCCUUGCCCCCGAACUUGGGAUCUCUUGUCGCCUUCCGUUUCCUCGCCGGUGUUGGAGGCUCGGUCAACUUGACGAUAGGAGGAGGCAUUAUCGCUGACCUCUUCCCAAUUGAAGAACGUGGGUUUGCCAUGUCCAUCUGGACUAUCGGCCCGACUAUCGGCCCCUCGGUAGCACCUCUCGUCGGUGCCUUCAUUGCUGGAAGUAUUGGAUGGCGCUGGGCAGCAUGGAUAUGCUUCAUCCCAUCCACGCUUGUUACGGGCUUGCUGGUCUUCGUGUUUCCCGAAACGAAUCAUCGCGUCCUGAUCAAGCACAAAACUUCCAAGUUGCGCAAAGAACUUGGGCGCCCAGAAUUGGAAUCAUGUUAUGAAACGCCAGAGUCGAGAUCCCUUUCGAAUGCUGCAAUUCUGAGGCUUGGCCUGCUUCGGCCACUCAAGUUGCUAUUUCUCAGCCCUAUCAUCUUCACCAUCUCUUUGUACAUCUCCUUCGUCUAUGGGACGUUGUAUCUCAUGUAUAAUUCAGUACCUACAGUGUUCCAGACUAUCUACGGCUGGUCAACGGGGGUUUCUGGUCUGGCGUUCAUCGCGAUGGGCUGUGGUUACACCGCCGGGCUGAUCUUCUUCUCAUACUUCAGCGACCGCUCCGUUAUCCGCCUAACGGCCGCCAACGGAGGCAUUUACGAGCCUGAGAUGCGCCUACCGACCAUGGCAUACUUCGCCAUGAUCACUCCCUGCACCUUUUUCUGGUACGGCUGGGCGGCCGAAAAGCAUGCUCACUGGGCUGCGGCGGUGACCGGCAUAUUUCCGCUGGGCCUAGGCAUCUUCGGCCUUUGGAUGCCGGCCCAGGCGUACAUUAUCGAUGCAUACCCGCAGUACGCUGCCAGUGGAAUCGCGGCCUUCACCGUGCUCCGGAGUUUGACAGGAGCAUUCCUACCGUUGGCGGGUCCGGCCCUUUUUGCCAACCUUGGCAUAGGAUGGGGGAAUAGUGUUCUGGGCUUUCUAUGUAUCGCCAUGAUUCCGGUACCCAUAAUAAUUCAUAGAUUUGGCCGCAAGAUUAGGAAAAAGUGGCCUGUGAAGUUAUAG